AAUGGCGACCUCACCAUGCAACGUGACCCUCCUCCUCCUGCUGCUGCUCGUGCACCAGCACCUCACAACCGCCGCCGACGAGAGGCAGCUUCUCAUCCAGAUCAAGCACGUGUGGCGCGACCCGCCUGUGCUCGCGGCGUGGAACAACACCUCGAGCGACCACUGCACCUGGCCCUACGUGACCUGCGACACAUCGUCCGGCCGCGUCACCGGCCUCUCCCUCGGCAACACGAAUGUCACCGGCCCGUUCCCGGACGCCAUAGGCGGGCUCUCCAGCCUCACGAACCUCAACCUCUCCAACAACAACAUCACCGGGGCCUUCCCGACCAGCGUGUACCGUUGCGCUUCUCUGCGGCACCUCGAUCUGUCCCUUACCCACCUCGGCGGCGAGCUCCCCGCUGGCAUCGGCCGCGCGCUUGGGGAGAACCUCACCUCUCUGAUGCUCGACGGUAACUACUUCACCGGUACCAUCCCCACCUCUUUGUCCCGGCUACAGAAUCUCCAGUCGCUGGGGCUCGACGGCAACUACCUCUCCGGCACCAUCCCGGCAGAGCUCGGCGACCUGACGGCCCUCCGGACGCUUUGGCUCGCGUACAACUGGUUCAGCGUCGGCGAGCUGCCGGCAUCAUUCAAGAGCCUGACCAAGCUGAAAUCUUUCUGGGCGGCGAAUUGCAGCCUCACCGGCAACUUCCCGGGCUAUGUGACGGAGAUGCCGGAGUUGGAGGUGCUCGACCUCUCCGUCAACCACUUGACCGGAAGUAUACCUCCAGGCAUCUGGAACCUCACCAAGUUGGAACUUCUGAUUAUAUAUGCAAACAACCUCACCGGCGAGGUCGUCGUGGGCGACGGUGCUUUCGGCGCAGUGAAUUUGGUGAUGAUCGACCUGUCCUCGAAUCACAGGCUAAGUGGGCCGAUUCCGGAAGCCUUGGGUCACUUGCCGAAGCUGGAAACACUGAGCUUGUACUACAACAACUUCUCCGGCGAGAUACCGGCGAGCAUCGGCCAGUCUCCCUCAUUGGUGGACUUGAGAUUGUUCAGCAAUCGGCUCAAUGGUUCGCUCCCUCGGGACCUCGGCAAGAGCUCAUCGGGAUUGAUGUAUGUUCAAGUUGACGACAACGAGAUCACUGGCGCGAUACCGGAGGGGCUUUGCGCCAACGGCAAGUUCCAGUCCCUCACCGCCUCGAACAACCGCUUGAACGGCUCCAUCCCGGCAAGCAUUGCUAGCUGCCCCACGCUCGACCGACUGAUACUUCGCGACAACAAGCUUUCCGGCAUGCUGCCUUUCUUCUUCUAGAUAGAAUAAUUCUUUGUAUGUCCAAAGUGUGUAUGAGAUAUAAAUUUAUAGUUUGAUAUACUAUGUCGUAAUAACAUGAUUAUGUAGUCAACGAAAAUGCCAUGCUAAACAAUUACUCUCCGAGAGCGAACACUGCAUUUUUUUUACUGGUGUUCGUAUUGGCUAGGAAAAAACAAAGAGUGGCCCACCACCCGCCGCUUCACGUUUGCUUAGAGCAUCUCCAAUAGAAUGACGCAAAUUUGUAGAUGUAAAACAGGAGAUAUAAAA